UCAGCUGUCACUAGCGGUCAGGUCAGGGAAGCGUGUUUGGUUGUUUUUGUGUAUAGAAUCAUAGCAUUGAAAAAUUAAUUGGUUUCAAGUUUGCAAAUUGCUUUGAGUUAUCGUUAAAAGAUUCUUAAAUUGGUUAAUUUUGUUUGUGCAAACCAUGUACUGGUAGAAUUUUAUCUCAUUCCGACACACGCAUUCGGGUGGAGCGAAUGAUAGCAAUUGAAAAGAUUCAGAUACGGCGUAUCUGUUAUGUUCAGUUGAAAUGGCACCGGCAGCGAACGGGCUACUGUACGGUUCCGGCAAGCUAACGACGACGAAAGAAACAACGGAGCGAACUGAUGGGGACUUUGACGAUCAACUCUUGUCUUCGGAUGUAGCUCAGGAGGCGGAACCGGUUCUCAGUAAGAAGUUAUCCUGGCGCGAUGGGUGCCCUCAGAUUUUCGCAGCAAUCCUAGUGAAUCUACUGGUCGUACAGGCAGGAAUCAAUAUGACCUAUUCGGCGAUUCUGUUGCCUCAACUUUCCGAACCGGACAGUCCGAUCCAAAUCGAUAAGGACGAAGCAUCGUGGAUCGCCAGCGUGGUGACGAUUGCACUGCCCUUGGGAUCGCUGGUGGUAGGGCAAUUGAUGGAUCAGUACGGACGGAAAAGGGUCUGUCUGGUGACCUGUUUGCCAUUUGCCCUCGGAUGGGCACUGAUAGCAAUCGCACAAAACGUAAACGUGAUCUACAUCGCUCGGAUUAUUCUGGGCAGCUCCGGAGGACUGACGACCGUUGCGUUGGUGUAUGUGAGCGAGUUGUCACACGUUUCGAUGCGGGCAAUGCUGCUCUGUCUGAAUAGUGUAUUCGUUUCACUCGGAAUUUUACUCACCUGCAUUUUAGCCCUAUUUUUCGAUUGGCGAGUGAUGGCAAUAAUCUACACUACAUUCUCAGUAGUUACAUUUUUCCUGAUCAUGAACAUACCAGAAUCUCCCUACUGGAUACUAACAUUCACGAAAAAACAGCCUUCCGCUGUGCGGAAUAUUAUGAACUGGGUGUAUCGAGAUAAAACAUUAGCAGAACAGCAGUACCGUCAGCUUAUCCUAACCGAACGGUGUACUGCACGGAAGGCAAUUGAGACGAGUACAGCUCAGUCCUUUUCCUUCAAGUCAUAUCUUCACCCUCGAGUGUAUCGUCCACUCUGGACUUUGCUAUUGCUCUUCCUGUUCCAGCAACUGUCAGGCGCCUACGUUUUGAUUUUCUAUGCGUUGGACGUAUUCAUGGAGAUUGGAGGAUCUCGGGCGGCAGGAUUCAACGAGUACAAUGCAUUGGUCAUUUUAGGAGCGAUUCGAUUCAUAAUGUCAAUUCUCACCUCGGGGUUCUCACGACGAUACGGAAGACGACCGCUGUUGAUCAUCUCAGCCAGUAUAAUGGGAAGUUUUGCUACACUGGCAGCACUGUAUAUUGACUUCAUUCGUAAAGCCGGUCGUGAAACGAGCCCAACGUUUGGGAGUUAUCUGUUGCUGCUCUGCGUGCUUGGGUACGUUUGUUUCAGUGCCUUAGGUUACCUCGUGAUUCCGUGGACCAUGAUUGGUGAAAUUCUUCCGACCGACGUAAAAGGCAAACUGGGAGGACUGGUUGUGUCGGUGGCCUACGUACUGAUGUUCGGUGUCGUCAAGGCAUUUCCCUACCUGCUGGAUAUACUGGCGAUGCAGGGGAUUUUCUACCUUUACGCAAUUUCCUGUUUUGCCGGUGUUAUUUACGUGUACGGCUGGGUUCCGGAAACGUUCGGGAAAAGCUUCCAGGAAAUCGAGCAAUACUUUGUGAAGAGUGACUAGGUUAGUGAUUAGCUUUGAUCGAAAUAAGAGAGUGUACUUAUCGGGUGUACGAACAGAAGUACAAAGAUUGUCUUCCAAAAUUACAAUAACGAUAGUUUGUAAAUAGUAUGAUUACGGAAGAACUGAAAGGCUUUUGAUAGAACAUAGAGUAUUUUAUCAAUAAAGGAAGAAUAGACGCAAUUUUGAAAGAUGUGAAACUAAACAUUCUGUAACUGAUGGAAAGAAUUUAAUUGUCCCGCAUUUUCGAAGAUCAAUUUGUUUGUCGAGUUUUUGGCUCCAAGCACAAGUUUGACAUGAUUUAUCGCUGAACAAUAUUCAUCCUUGUUAAUGACCUUCUCUAUAAUGUGAUUCAUUAGGCGCGGAUAAUAUACUGAGGCACAGUUAAUUAUUCUAGCCUAAUGGAGCGAAUUAUCGAGAAUGAGGUCGUGGAUGUGAAUAAUAUAUAAAUUACAAAUGUUGUUUGAUGUUUAGUCAUUUCGUUUUCAUCCUCGACUAUUAUUUAGUUUACUGAAAUUAACAUUUAAUAGGAUUUUUUAUAUAACUUUUUCAACGUUUAUAUAACCGGGAACAGACAAUUCAAUAAAGAUUUGUAAAGUGUUAGUAGGAUCGCAUCACCAGCCGUGCAAUGGUUCUGUAUUUGAAGACGAACACGAGAAAAGGUCCUAAGUGCAAAUGAGAGUUUCUCUUUGCUUACUUUCUUUUUCGAUUAUUACGGUCCGAUGGGCCAUCCCUCUCUCUAACUCUUAACAUAGAAUAACGACUGAACUCGUCGACUUUCGAUCUGUAGUUAAGAAAUUGUUGGAAAAUACAGGAAUAUGUCGUAAUAAUUGGAAGAGUGAGUAAACAAAGAGAAACUUUCACUUUCACUUGGGACCUUUUCUAAUGUUCAUCGAGAUUUGCUAUAAAUCGGCUGCAAAUUCCACAUAGGGAAUGUAAUAUCAAGAUUGUACUAAAUUGUACUCAAGAUGAUUUGACGUAGGACAAAGUCUUUGUUUUCUAUAAAGGAGAGCAAAUUCAAAAUACGGAAAAGAACAGUGGUGUGGUUUUUAACAUCCAUAGCUCAACAAAUUUUAAACUGAUUUUCGAUAAGAAAUCUAUUGUUAGCAUCGUCAAAGAUCUCAUUUCUCCGAAAGGAACAUUUCACCGAAAGGGUAAUUUCGAAUACAUAUUAUUAUUCACCCUCAUUCUUGUUUACGGCCGUAUGCGAUACGUUCGAAAGUAUAGCAAAUUCGUAUUCCCGUUUACGUUCGAAUCAAUCACAAUUUUAAACAUCGUACAUGCAUAAAAACAACGCCCAUCCAAUUUUAAACUAUCAGUUCUGGUACAGAUUUGAGUUGUAAAUAAAAAUCUUUGAUAUCAUUUGUUA